UCGAACUGCUGAGCUGUCUUGUUUUUACAGAAAAAACAACUGUCUAAAUACGUUGGUAGCUACACGUUUUAUCUAUCGGACAUUAUAUUUUAUUCUCAGUUUUGAGCGGAGAACUCUUUUCUUUCGCAGAAGGGGAGAAAGUGAGGAACGUUUUCUUUUCGUACUCUUUGUAGGCAUACAACCACUUGUCGAAGUAUUGGGAAUAUCCAUGGUGGAGUUUACAGCCUAUUCAUACUGCUACCCCGGAGGUUAACAGCGAGCCCCAAGAGUAAUCGCCGAGAUUGUAACUUCAUUUUUUCACGCUUGACUUGACAAGCAGUCAUACACCUGUUGCAAAAGAGAGGCUGGGAAUAAGACUGGGUGGCAAGUCGACCAUCACAGGAGCUGUGAAGCAGGGCCACUGAACUUCAAAACUCUUUUCAUUUUCUACUUUUGAGCGAGAAAAAAUGACUGAGAAAAAGAACGGAAGCGCGGGGGUGACCUUCCUGACCCCAUGUCGCGUGGUGGGCGUGUGUCUGACCGUGGUGCUACUGGGGGGGAUUGGAGCUGCUGUCUGGGCUGUAGUAACAUUUUGUAUCAGAGAAGAAGACACAGGAUUAUAUGAUGUCCAGGUGAACUCCAAUCCAAGCUCGGACCUGCGUCUCCGGGUGUUUGACUCGGCCGAGAGACGGUGGAGACACCUCUGUUCCUCAGAGGCCAACCAGCUCCUGGCCAACAUCAGCUGUGAGGAGAUGGGCUUUGUCAGCAUGGUGAAUUACUCCGUGUCCAGUAUCCCUGAAGGCAGUAACGACCGUGAGGAGUUCUUCUGUGUCAAUGGGAAGGAGCUGACCUAUGGCAAGAAGAUCAAAGAGUCUCUAUAUCCCUGUGACUGUGAAACUGGCCAGGUUCUAAGUCUGCUUUGUCAAGACUGUGGCAGGCGUAGUCUGACAGAGGACCGUAUAGUGGGUGGUGUAGAUGCUAGGCAGGGUAGCUGGCCGUGGCAGGUCAGUCUGCAGUAUGACGGGGUGCACCAGUGUGGAGGCUCCAUCAUCUCAGACCGCUGGAUCGUCAGCGCAGCACACUGCUUCCCAGAGAGGAACCGUCAGGUGUCUCGAUGGAGGGUGUUACUGGGCUCCAUCUACAACAAGCUCACCCAUAAGAAUGUUAGAGUUCUUGAGGUAAAGACUGUGGUGUACCACAGCAGCUACCUGCCCUUCGUAGACCCCAACAUAGACGACAACAGCAGAGACAUCGCUGUCCUGGCUCUGGCCCAGCCUCUGCACUUCACAGACUACAUCCAGCCGGUGUGCUUACCCCACUACGGCCAGCGCCUGAUUGACGGCCAGAUGGGGACAGUGACAGGCUGGGGAAAUGUAGGUUACUAUGGGAAUCUUGCUGACGUUCUUCAGGAGGCUAACGUGCCGAUCAUCAACGACGCUGUCUGUAACGCCCCUGAUUACUAUGACAACCAGAUCACCACCAGCAUGUUCUGUGCUGGCUUUGAGAAGGGUGGUACCGAUGCCUGUCAGGGAGACAGUGGGGGCCCGUUUGUGGCUGAGGACUCCCUGUCCAAGGCCAGCCGCUACCGCCUGCUGGGGGUGGUGAGCUGGGGAACAGGCUGUGCCAUGGCCAAGAAGCCUGGCGUCUACACCAGAGUGUCCCGCUUCCUACCCUGGAUCUCCUCAGCCAUGAGGACGUAUCACAAUUCACCAGGAGUGCACAAAAUGGCGCGUACAUGGGAGCACUGACCAUACCUUUAAGGGAUCAGAAAUGACCAAAAUAUUAUCCCUUCAAACUUACUGAACUUCACCUGUCCAAAAAACCCAUCCUUUAGGGGAACCUUGUGCAAAAUCGGAUGUAUAGGUAAAUCCAGCUAGAUUACCUGAGGAAAGCCUUGAAGUGGUAGCUUGACCAAAGAAUUAUGAAUAUGUUUAUGGUCUUGUGAAAUGAGAAACUGUCAAAUGAAAAGACUUAUGGGACAUGCAUGACAAAGUCAUAGAAAAUCACCACUCUGCCAGCCAAUGUACAGGUUGUACUGUCAUGGGGAUUAUUUGUAUGUCAUCAAAGGGUUAAUUUUUGUAUUCAGGGUUUCCUUGCAGUUUGACUCUUUUCAGGUGCAACAAACGUAUGAUACACAACAAGCCUGUGUAUCAAAAUGUAUUGCUCAAACAGAUGAUAAAUAACAUUCUGGCUGGUUUUGCCAUGAAGUUUCUCCUUUAUAUUAUUCCCUUGAACAAAUAAUGCCAAAGUUACUGAAGAGAUUUUAACAUAGACAACAUGUAGCUGAAAUUUCAUGAUACCUAAAAUGUUUGUAACAAAUAAAAACAUUGGUGUCAGAUAUUCAGCUCUUGAA